AUGGCCAUCAAGGAUUCCCCAGACCACAAGGUCACCCUGAAUGGCAUCUACCAGUUCAUCAUGGACCGUUUCCCCUUCUACCACGACAACAAGCAAGGUUGGCAGAACUCCAUCAGGCACAACCUGUCCCUCAACGAUUGCUUCAUCAAGGUGCCCAGGGAAAAGGGCAGACCUGGAAAGGGCAGCUACUGGACCUUGGACCCUAAGUGCCUGGACAUGUUUGAAAAUGGCAACUUCAGACGGAGGAAAAGGAAAACCAAAUCUAUGCCAUGCCAGGAAGGCAAGAGAUGUAGGGCAGAAUGUGUGGAGAGACCUGGGGAUGGACAAUCUUCCUACAAGAGGUCAGUUGUCAAUGGAUUUCUGGGGGGAGCUCAGAUGGAGGACAGUGACCCUGUCUCAGGCUGUGCUACAGAGGUCCUCUCCUCUUCUGAAGAGGAUGGAGGCUUUGGAGAACUGAUAAAAGUUUGCAGCUCCCCAGAUAUGACCUCUGUCACUUUACUGAACAGUCCACAGACAUCCGGAUGUCCAGUUUCCUCUCUCUUAUCUGACAAGGGGACUUUAUCUACAACUCAGGAUGGGACCAGGAGCUGCAGGAUCUUCCAGGAUAGCCCCCCUGCUGAGGAGAAGGACCCCAUGCGCAAGACCUGGACUAUGAGAGGCAUCUGGAUGAAGAUCUCAGCAGCAAGGGACCUGGAGGGGCCAUUAGUGAGGAAGAGGAGGCCACUCCAAAACACCCCAAAAACUUCAGCAUAG